AUGUUCAACAGUGGCAAGAUCUUCGCUGUGUGCACCGCCGUCGUGGCCGUUUCCAGUAGCGUAUAUGCUGAGAAGGAAGCUGCUGAGACCUUUGGUGGUUUACAUGGUUUCCACGGCGUGGGUAUGGGCGUAGGAGUCCCGGGUAUCGCUGGUGUCGGAGUUGGUGUGCCAGGCCUUCUCGGUGUCGGGUAUGGUGUUGGCGUUAAUGGCGUUGGGGUCGGUGUCGGCGUUCCGGGUGUUGCUGUCGUUGAUAAUGGUGCUGGAGACGGCUACUAUACGGCUGGGACCGAAGGACCAACGCCUAUCGACUGA